UGACUUUUUUAUAUUAUAUUAUUUUUAUAUAUCAUCACCAUUACCCGUUACAAAUGUUAAUUGAUGAUGAAUCGACAGAAAUCAAUAAUAGAGUUGCUGGAAUUGUUUGAUAACAUCGUCUGAAAUCGUUUUAAAUGAUGGAUAAUGAAUGGGAAUAUCAUCGAUCAAAAGAAAUUUUAAGACUUGAAACAAAAUCAUCAUCAUCAUCACCAAUGUCCAUCAAUCCAUCAUUAGUGAUGGAGAGUUUCAAAUUACUUUCAUCAUCAUCAUUUUCAUUGGCGAAAUUCAUCAAAAAUUCAUCACCAUCAAUCACCAUAACCAUUUUAUUAUGGUUAUGGUCAAUAUCAUUAUUAUUUAUAAAUAAUAUGCCAAUAGUUUCUGGUCAAUAUGAUUGGCAAAAACCAGAUUCAUUUGAUGAAAUUAGACAAAAAAUUGAUUCAUUAUCAUCAGAUAGCUGUAAAGUAGUGGAUGUAAAUAAAUUAUUUUUACCACAUUCAACAGUAACACAUGUACCAAAUCUACAAUGGCUAGGUAUUGAUCCAAUAUUUCCAAAUCGUACAAAUUUAUUACAAAUACAUAAUAUGGCCCUUUCACGUGCUUUUUUUCUCAGUUUCAUUCUACAAAAAGCCAAUGACAAUGAUGAACCUGGAUUAAUGUAUUAUUAUCUAUCAACAAUAUCAGAUGUUGCCUCGAAUCGUUUUAUCAAUGCUUCCGGAUUUUAUUUUGCACCAAAUCAUGCAUUCACUCCAUCAUAUCGUGGUUUUUUCAAUAAAACAUUACCAUUAUUUGCACCACGUGCAUUCCGUGUUGAUGAUUUUAAUGAUCCAUUUCAUGUACAACGUACAUCAACAUUGAAUACGAUAUAUGCUACUGAUUUGGGCGCUAUACCAAAUAAUUCCAUAUCGAAUAAUUAUACAAAUGAACAAUAUCGUAUAAAUGAAUGGUAUAAUCUAUGGCUACCAGAUCCAACACGAAGACAUGAUUCAAAAACAACGUAUACAGUACAAAUCACACAUAAUAAUCAUACAAAUGAAACAUUCGUAUGGCAUGGACCACCAGCACCAUCGGAUCCACCUGGUCCAGUCAAAUGGUUUCGGCCAUAUUAUGAUUGUAAAAGAUCAAAUAAAUGGAUUUAUGGUGCAUCGGUUCCAGUACCAGAUAUUUAUCCACGUCAUACUGGUUGGCGUCAUAUUGAAAUUCCAAUGUAUGUAGCAACAUCGGUUAUGGAAAUAGAUUUUGAACGUAUCGAUAUUAAUCAAUGUCCAAUUGGUGAAGGAAAUCCAUCACCGAAUUAUUUUGCCGAUACAUCACGUUGUCAGAAUCGUACUACAGAAUGUGAACCAUUACAUGGUUAUGGUUUUCGUCGUGGUGGUUAUCAAUGUCGUUGUCGUCCUGGUUUUCGUUUGCCAAAAACAAUACGUACACCAUUCAAUGGUGAACGUAUUGAACGUGCAACAAAAGCUGAAUAUGAUAAAUCAUUUCAUUGUUCAAAAAUUGGUUAUAUUGCCGUCAGAACACAGAAUGUAUUACCAAUUGAUCCUAUUGAACGACGACAAUUGAUACAUAAAACAGAAACAUUAACCGGUGUAAAAACAAAUUCAACAAAAUCAGCACGUAUUGAUCCAUGGACAUUACAACAAUUUAUGAAACAAAUACGUCCAGAUAAUUGUCACCGGUAUUCACGUGAAGAUCUUACAUUACGUGGUGAUGUUGGUUUUGGUAAAGAGAUUCAAUUCGAGAAUGAAGCACGUAUGGCGCUACGUUUAGCACAUUUUCUUUCCGCAUUCAUACAGACUGUUGAUCCAAAUCAAACAUUUGCUGAAUUUCGUGUACCGGAUCGUCCAUUGAAUAAAGAUCAGGUUAUCGCUGAAACACUGGCCACAUUAAUUGGUGAUCGGCAACUGUAUGGAGUUAGUGUUAUAUUUGAAAAUGAAAAAUUCUCUACAAAUCUAACAAGAUUCGCUCCGUACGCUUAUCGUUUACAACGGAAUGAUAGAAAAUUUUUUGUCGAUGAUCUUGAAAGAUUUGAACCAACAAGCCCAUAUCAUUAUCGACAACGUGAACUAUAUCGUUUGUUGCGUGAUCGUUAUAAAUCAUUGGAUGAAAAUUCAUUAGAAGAAUUUACAGCAAAAAUUGAAAUUCGCUAUAAUUCUAAUGGUCAUUCGACAAUACGUUAUGACCAGUAUCCAUUACAAUAUAAAGCAGCCACAUUAAUGAAUGGACAAUGGGCAGCACCAUAUUAUGAUUGUGGUGGUUACCAUAAUCGUUGGUUGAUUAGUUAUGGUGCACCAUUUUUUAAUAAAGAUAAAGUUAGCGAUCGUUUACAGUUACAAGGUUUUGUUAUUGUGGAUAUGCCAUUAAAAGAUUUGGACAUUAAUCAAUGUGGUACUGGUGAUCCAUUGAAUUGGGCAAAAAAUUCUCAUCAUUCAUCAUCAGCAGCUGGAUUGAAUCGUCAUCAUCAUCGUCCAUUUUAUUAUCCACCAGUACAAUCAACAUCGGAAUUUUUACAUCAUCAUUAUUAUCAGAUGCCAAACGCAUUUCGUAAUACACAUAAAUGUGAUCGUCUUUCAUCAUAUUGUGUGCCGAUAUUGGGCCGACGUUUUGAACCUGGUGGUUAUAAAUGUCAAUGUGAACAAGGUUUUGAAUAUCCAUUCAAUGAUCAUAUCACUUAUUUUGAUGGACAAGUUAUGGAAGCUGAAUAUAUAAAUAUGUUACAAAAUCAACCAUCACGUUUUGAUACAUUGGCUUGUCGUGUUGCUGGUGCUCGUCCAUUAUUUAUAUCCGGUUCAUUGUCAUCGAUUUUGUUGAUUAUAUUGAUGGCAUCCAUUUCAAAUAUUUUCAUCAAAAUUCUAUUCACUGAUCAUUAUUUUCUGAAUUGA